GCCACACGACAGCGGAUGUAGCAGCAGCAGCAGCAGCAGACGAUUCUACAGUUUAUCGGCAACCAUGUAGCUCUGCCAGCCUUUCUAUCUCCCCCUGACGAGGUGAAGUAUGAUGUCCUCACAUUUAUCCAUGUUGCAAUAAAGUAGUGUCAAAAUGUGUGCGUGAGGAGAAGCGGAAAUUACAAGACGAAGGAGUCGAAACAGACGCCUGUAAAAUAUCUGCCCUCCUGGACGUUUUGAAGGGACACUGGAGAUUUAAGAGCCUUUGUGGUCGUUUCAUCUGCCUCUGAAAUGACUACAUUUGGACGGGUACGUGCAUAAGUCAGGUGAAAAGGUGUGUAACUCUAAAGGAGACCGGGGGGUUCGUGUUUGCACCGCCGGGGCUGCCUGGUUUAUCCGCGUUACCGCCCCGUUUUUUCUCCUCUAGGAGUAUCGUCACAGCACGGGAAGACAGACAGGAGAAGACUGGAGAUACCGUGCUGUGUGUGGAUUAUAACCAAGACCAGUUUACACCAUGGGGAAUACAACCUCCUGCUGCGUGUCCUCCAGCCCCAAACACCGGAGGAACAACCACUCCAGGCUCGAACCCUACCGGCCGGAGCCGGAGCUGAGCCGGGAGGACACGGGCUGCAACCUCCAGCACAUCAGCGACAGAGAAAAUCUAGACGAUCUGCCGAUGGAGUACAAUCCCUCAGAUCAUCCCCGGGCCAGCACCAUCUUCCUCAGCAAGUCACAGACUGACGUUCGAGAAAAAAGGAAGAGCCUUUACAUCAACCAUUUUACACAUAUAUCGGAGAGCAAGCAUCAUCCAGGCCCAGUGAGACGGAAGUACAGCUCAUGCUCCACCAUAUUCCUCGAUGACAGCACCGUCAGUCAGCCCAACCUCAAAUACACCAUCAAAUGUGUAUCUCUUGCAAUAUACUACCACAUAAAGAACAGGGACGUCGACGGAAGAAUGGUGUUAGACAUUUUCGAUGAAAAGCUGCAUCCGCUUACGAAGUCAGAAGUUCCUCAAGAUUACGAAAAACACGACCCCGAGCAGAAGCAGAUCUACCGCUUUGUGAGGACACUGUUCAGCGCCGCACAGCUCACCGCUGAGUGUGCCAUCGUCACAUUGGUGUACUUGGAGAGGCUCCUGACCUAUGCUGAGAUCGACAUUUGUCCUGCGAACUGGAAACGCAUCGUGUUAGGAGCCAUCCUGCUGGCAUCCAAGGUGUGGGACGACCAGGCGGUCUGGAACGUCGACUACUGCCAAAUUCUCAAGGACAUCACAGUGGAGGACAUGAACGAGUUGGAGCGUCAGUUUCUGGAGCUGCUGCAGUUCAACAUCAACGUGCCAUCCAGCGUCUACGCCAAGUAUUACUUUGACCUGCGCUCGAUGGCUGAGGCCAAUAACCUCAGCUUCCCCCUGGAGCCCCUCAGCAGGGACAAGGCCCAGAAACUAGAGGCCCUCUCACGGCUCUGUGAUGAUAAAUACAAGGACUUGAGGAAACAGGCCAAGAAGCGGUCUGUGAGCGCCGACAACCUGACGGUGGUGCGAUGGUGUCCAGCCAUCAUUUCCUAACACCAACCGCCUGCAGCACGGAGAUACACCGGUGAUACAAACUGAACUGUGUUCCUGCCUGGUCAGCAGGUUAAAACCAGGUGGGCUGCAGUCCUGUGGAUCAGAGGGUGGAUCACACACACACACACACACACACACUCACACAAUCUGGCACUUUGAUAAUUGUGACUGCACCCUCUCUGGUUCUUGUACAUAAAAGAAGUCCCACUGGGUGCCUGCACUGAACCAAACAGAGCUGAGCUGAACCAAACUGAAGAGUGAGAGUGAAAGUUGUUCGAAUGAAAGCUGCAGAAGAAGAAAGGAGGCCAAACAGAAGUAGAGCCGGCGAUACGAGAGACUGUGUGUAGAAGACGACAGCGUCCCAUAAUCCCCUCUGAGGCUUGACUGCGGCUGAUUGAGGGAGUCAGCUUGUACAUUCCUUUAUUUUAAUCUCCUGCUUCAGUUUCUCAGCCGAGGCAGAACGUGUUUUGUUGACAGCUUACAGGCACAUUAUGAAAUUCUGAAAUGCUCAAUUCCUAAAUUUGCUUUCUUGUUUGUGUUUUUUCUGCUCCUUUGCAUUCUUCACCCUGCAGAAACAUCUGCUGCACAUCCAACAUACACAAAGAAACAAAUACAUGUUCAUUCCACUGCUGCUGUUGUGUGUUUACAGUUGAUAAACUGGACAACAUAUCAUGACACAGUCCACAGUAUUUAUUGACAUUAUAGCCAUAAAACUCAAUAUCAUUACAUUGAGAAAGUCAGUGUGGUUCGCUCUGGGACGUUUUUACAGGACCGGGGAAUUUAAACUGAACCAUUCCACUUACUGAAUCGUUUCUCUGAAGGCGUGUUCUGACCAAAAAUGAGGUGUGAUUUCAUACAAGGUAACUGCAAAAUUUGCCCUGGCUGAUUUUAAACUCUGCUUUGUCGUAGAUUUGUUGAGUCUCUCAAUCCAAACUCCAUAAAAAAAAAAAACAAGCAAUUUAAAAUGUGUUUGUUUUCGUUUUGCAGUGACACCUGACAAAGCAUUAAAUUGUACUUUUCCCAAAUCUGCAUCAUGAUUCGGUCAUUUCUGCAUAAUUUUUAACCCAUUAAUUACACAUAGAUCACAUGAAAAUCCACUGUAGUACGACAGAUUUCAGCUGACGUGUGAGCCGUGUUAUCGUUAAAACUGUCACUCAGCAGAGACAGAUGGACCGGGGGGAUCUGCAAAUUGAAUCAGAACAUAGAGAUCCUGGUACUGAUCCCCCCCAACAGGUCAUCAAACAGGGCACUGGUCAGCCUCAAGUAGGCAGAAAAGUUCAUCCAGACACCGAAUUCAUGCCGGCAUUUCAUUUCCCAAACGUUUCUAGAAAGGAGAAAUUAAUUUGUGUCCGUACAAACGACCCCUACAUGUAAAAGACAGUAAGGCAACGAUUAGCUUCACUUUUGGUCUCAGCACAUUUUCGCCCUAGGACCAUCCAGCCCCGCCUCCAAUCACAUGAAGCAGCAUCCAUGCAUUGCUUUGUUGUUGUGCUGAGAUGUGGCGGUGAAAGCGUGCACACUUGGGAGAACCCGGACUGGAAGACGGCGUGAGACAUACUCUGGAGCUCAUGUGGUGUACUUCUUGAUUCACUGCCAUCGUCCUGACCUGUGGUGCCUGUAAUAAGCUACUUUAUCACUUCUCCUCUUUCUACUGGAGGAACAGAACAAAUCAAUUCAAAGUCUGUUUUCUUUCUUGUUUUUUUUUUUGUACGGUUCUUCCAGCUUAUACAUAAACAGCACAAGUGAAGUAUUGACGUUUAGGAGCCACUCAAAGCUUAAAGCAUGAUUCUUCAGGGUUCAUUUUGUUGUUCUGAGGACUGAAACGAAUAAAAGAGCAUUAACUCAAACCCUGCUUUCAAAAAGAUCGAUUGUAUACCUUUUGCUAAAUUGUCUCUGUAAAGUGUAAAUACAGUGCACGUGUGCAGAAUCUGUAGACUUACAUUGUACUGUAAAAAAACAACAGAAUAAUGUUAGAAUAUUUAUAUGGAGUCAGUUUCUACUGUACAGGAGGAUCAUUAAGAUUUGAACUGGAGACACCACUUUAGAUUUUUGUCUGUUUUCUUGUGACAAAGUAUUCCAGAAAAUGACAUUUUUGAUGUGUUACAUCUUUUAAAGGUCACAUAUUCUCCUCUUCUUCAUCCAGUUUAAAUAAGUCUCAGCGCUCCACAAAACAUGUGUGUGAAGUUUCUUGUUCUAAAUCCUCUCUGAUCCUGUAUUUGAUCAUGUCUAUAAACCCCUCUAUUCCAUAUGUAAAUGAGCUGUGUCUGACCACGCCCCCUCUCUGGAAGGGCUUGGGUGUCUUGGUCUUUCUCUCUCCAUGUCCUAUUGUUUACAGUGAGAAGGCAGACUCAGAGGGCAGAACAAACACCUAGCUGUGGGAGUGUCACCCACCUGGGGGAGGGGUUACUGCCCUUUGUGAUGUCAUGAAGGGAAAAUCUCCAAACGGCCUGUUUGAGCUCACAUUUUCUGUAAAGUGGAGCAGGUAAAAGACGGAGAGGAUGAACUUUUCUGAUCAUUGGGGGGUUUGUAGACAGACUAGAGACAAAGACAUGGUGAAGUGUAUUUUUCAUGAUGUGUGACCUUUAAGAAAACUGUCGAAGAAUUUCCACAUUUGUUUGAUGCUGUUGGAGCCCCUGAAUGACACGAUGUGGUAAAAAUCAGGCAGGUCAGAAGUCCAAAUUAACUUAAUGCAUCGUUAAGUAUUUUUAAUUAAAUAAUCAAAAGAGUGAUGAAGAAAUUAAGUUUUAUACUUUUACUGCCCAUACUGCUUAUAAAGUGAAUAUAUUCCUAUCUCUCUUUCACUCUUCUUAAUCUAUUCUUAAACUUCUUCAUUUUUCAUCUUGUUGCAUCAAAUAUUCUUUCUGUAAUACCCAUCAAGAAACAUUUCUUUGUCUUUGGCGUGCUGCCGCUCAGCCUUGCUUCCAUUUAUCUUAACUUCUCCACUUUGUGUUUCUGCAGAAAAUCCUCUCCAUCCCAACAACAGUAAAAAAAAAAAAGGUCAGAUAGAAGUGAUCUUAGUGUGGAUCCAUUGAGGUUUUAAAUUCAUAAAAUCCCUCCCUUGCAGAGCAAAUCAUUUGAAACCUAACCAUGAAAAGUCAGCGUGCAGAGCAGGAGAAGCACUCCUGCACGUCUUCUGUGGGCUGCAUACAGGGGCCCCCUUUGAAAUCUGAUUGGCCAUCCUAAAAUCCUACACUAUGAAUGGCUUUUGUCCUUAUCAGAGGCGGGGCUUAUGUCCAAAUCAAGUAUUUAGGCAGUGUUGGAACAGGCUGGAAUAUAAUAAAACACAAAUAAUAUUUUCUCAGUAUUUAGAUUUUGACACAGGACUUGUUUUUUAUAGAAUUAGUCCAUGAAGAAUGAUAAGAAUAUGUUCUCAUUCUCCUUUUACUUGUAGUCGUUGUUCUUCAUGUACUGAGUCGUAUCUCUUAAAUUGUGCCAGUUUCAGGGCUUCAUAGUCUCUCAAAUCUUCUGGAAAUAAUUAAAACCAUUCAUUUAUGAUCAUGCAAAAACAUACAAGGUUUUAGUAAAAGGUUAACCUAUAAAGUCAGGUUUUCAUUGGUUUAAUUCAUUGCUGUCCACACACAUAGAGGAUCGAUUUAAACAUAAGUAAGGCUUUUAUUAUCUCAACUUUCUAAUGAUCUUAUGAUCAGCUGCAUUUUCCUCCUCUUCAACACUGAAGACACAGUCAAGUGUUUGCUUUGAUGUUUCACAGCAUGGAAAAAAUCACAAGUCACUUUUUAAAUGCAUCUUUCUUUAUUCAACUAAAGGUUCAAAUUCAAAUGUGACAUCAGCGUACUCCCCUUAAAGCCUCUUUGUUAAGUUCCACAUCUAUGAUUUAUGUUCUGUCAUUUGUAAAGAAUCAGUCAGUCAGUCAGAUUUCAGCCUUGUGUGUGCGUGCGUGCGUGCGUACGUGCGAGGACAGAACCGUACCAAAGUCACAGAGAAAUGAAGGACAGUCCUGAUCAACGAGUCGUCCUGGCUCUAGGCUAAGUCUGAAGGAUCAGGAGCCGGGUGGGAUAGUUCAGGGCUUCAGUUCGUUGUGACCCGGCUUUCCUGCACAUGAAGAACAAAAUAAAAAAAUGGAUGUGAAAGAGAACGAUGGUUUCGCUUCGAAUGAGUGAAAAAUAAAAGUUCAAAGGUGUCUUUAGGAAAGAUUCUGGAGUUGUGAGGUAUUCAAAGAUUGUAUGACCUAUUUAUUGUAUGAGUGUGUGUGUGUGUGCAUACAGCUCGGUCUGGUGUGUGUGGUCAGCUCUGAGGUGGACUCGGGCCUGUGGCGUCCUGUCAGCGGGUUGCCCCAUGUGUGUGUGUGUCAUAGCCUUGUGCACUGAACUCUACCUCUGCAUAGAGUUUGACUUUUCCUUUUUUCCUCCCCCCUCUCUUUUAUGAUAAUUUUUUGGACUUCACUUCAAACUCUUCAUUCAUAAAUAUUCAUGGCGCUAACAUCAGUGGACUGCUCUACCUGUGACCUCUCAUUCGUUUUUUUAUUGAUUGAUAUUUUCUAAAGACUUGUACUGUAUCCUGUUGUUGUUGUCCUUUUCUUUUCAGUCUUUCUGUUCCUGCCUCAGAUCUUUUCCUCUCUUGUUUGUUUCUAACUAUGAUUCAUAGAACUGUUCCCAACUCUUCUCUUCUGAAGCAACGUUUAGAAAAAAGCUGUGCGAGAAUUAAACUUUGAAACCUUGCAAUAAA